AUGGCUGCGACGCAGGCAGAGUCUCAGCGUGGCGAAGUGAACGUAGAUCAGAGUCCAUCGGAGCAGCUCAGUGAAUCUCGGAGCGCUCUAUUACAAAACGGCACUGACAAGAACGUAGGGCGCGUUCCGCCCGAUGGCGUUGUGAACACAAAGAGCAAAUCGGCGAUGUCGGCCGAUUCCGGGCAGCCACGCGACAGUGGCGAAGUACCUGGUCACGAUAGGAGCGGCGAACGGCCGGUAACGGACCAGUACGGCCAGUAUCGUUAUCCAGAAGGGGCAGAUCCAUAUUAUGCGGCGCGGCCUGGUUUUCCCGGUAAACCGCGCCCUCCGCCGCAACAGAGAUUCUUUCCGGGUCAGCCUGCAUCACAGGCGCCAGGUCCCACGCCCACACUUAACUCAUUGCUGCAAUCGAGCGGUGCGCCGCCACACCGCUAUCCCAAUAGCUAUGAGCAGCCACCGGCGGGUUAUGGUCCCGCCCCUGGUUGGCCUCCGCCACGACCAAUGCCUCCAUAUAAUCCUCAAGGAGGACCCUACAGAAAUUCUACACCGCCGCGGGGCUACGGUGGACCUCCGUACGGCGGCGGGCCGGGCGCGGCUGGCGGACAGCAGCCGCCCGGCGGCUACGGCCCCCCCGGCUCCUAUCCGCAACGGUAUCCGCCGCCGCCUAACUCGCGACCGCCUUUCUCACCACAUCAGGGCUACGAGCGCGGCGGAUCCCCGCAACCGCCGUCCCAUCCUCCAGGUGCACCGAGCCCAGGCGCUGCGCCCAAUUCUGGUGCGCUGUCCCCCACACAUGACUCCCAGCAUCCGCCACAUUUGCCGCCUGGCUCGCAGCCGCCGCUACAGGGCUACCCGCAACCGCCGAGGCCUCCUCAACCGUCCACGCCCAAUGCGCAUGAUCCUGAUUCGGAUCUGACAGGACAAAACAGCAAUGAUUCGGGCGGCAGCGGAGGCGCGGGGCGCGCUUCGACGCCGCACCUGAGGCCCACACCCAGUCCCACCGGCUCCAGCGGUUCCCGCUCCAUGUCACCAGCUGUCGGCACGCAGAACGUACCGAUGCCCCCGCGGCCGUCGUCGUCGCUGUCGGACGGCAGCGCGCCCGCGCGCGGCGCCGUGCCGGCGGGCGGAGCGCCGGGCGCAAUGGUGGCGCAGCCCUACCACCACGCAUACAAGGCGGCGCACUACCCGCCGCAGCCCUACGGCUACCCGCCGAGAAACCACCACCCGUACCCGUACGCCGGCUACCGCCCGGCGCCGCCGCCGCCGCAUCCGCCGCAGCACUAUCCUCCCCUCAAGUCAAAUCCACUAUCCCUGCUAAAGCCAGAACGUGUUUGCGGUCUUCCAUUGAAAACUGUAAAGAGAAAAAAGUUAAAGAGAAUUGCGUUGACGCAGGGUGCGGGCGGGGGUGUCGCGCGGCACAUGGGCCCGCCGGGCGAGGCGAUGCCGCCACCGACGGCGCCGGGCGAGCACGACAACGGGCCCGCCGCGCCCGCCACCGCGCUCGUUACCACUGGUCCCGACGGUGCGCCGCUCGACGAGGGCAGCCAGCAGAGCACGCUCAGCAACGCCUCCGCCGCGUCGGGCGAGGAGCAGUGCGGGCCGAAGGCGCGCAAGGAGCUGGGCGCGGGCAGCGCGGCGCCGUCGCCGUCGCCCGGCGGCGGCUCGCACUCCUCGCUGCACGACGACUACGACGCGCCCGCCGCCUGGCCGCGUCCGCCCUCCAGCCCCGUAUUUAACAGUCACAUACCGCCGGAGUCCUACAGAUCAAAGAAGUCGGACUCGCUGGGCAAGCUGUACGAGAUGGACGACGCGCCGGAGCGGCGCGGCUGGGUGGAGCGGCUGCUGGCUUUCAUGGAGGAGCGGCGCACGCCCAUCGCCGCCUGCCCCACCAUCUCCAAACAGCCGCUCGACCUCUACCGCCUCUACCUGCUGGUGCGCGACCGCGGCGGCUUCGUCGAGGUGACAAAGAACAAAACGUGGAAAGACAUUGCGGGUCUACUGGGAAUUGGCGCCUCAUCAUCAGCCGCGUAUACCCUACGCAAGCACUACACAAAGAAUCUGCUCGCCUAUGAAUGCCAUUUCGAUCGCGGCGGAAUCGAUCCUCAACCAAUUAUCAAUCAGGUGGAAGCCUCCACAAAAAAGAAGGGCGGCAAGGCCAACAAUACUGCAAGUGCUGCAGGUUCGUCGAAUUCGUCGGAGUCGUUUCCCGGCGGUGGCGCGGCGGCGGGCGGCGCCAUGGACGGCUACGCGCCGCAGUACGCCGGCUACCCGCCGCCCGCCAGCCAGCCGCAGGGUUACCAACAGGGGUACGGGUACGAAUAUGGAUCACCUUACCCAUCAAAUAGGCCUGUUUAUCCGCCGUAUGGCCCGGAAGGUGAUAGGUCGUACGGCUCGGGCGAGUACCGGUACGGAGGGUACGCGGGCGGGUACCGCGCGGGCGCGCCGCCGCCGGCCGGCACGCCGCCACCCGCGCAGCCCUACCCGGACUACUACCGGCCGCAGCCCGCGCAGCACGCGCCGCACCUGCCGCACGCGCCGCACGCGCCGCACCCGCAACACCCGCCGCACCCGCAACACCCCCAGCACGCGCCGCAGCACUCGCCGCAUCCACAGCAUCCCCAGCAUCCACAGCACCAACAACACCCGCAGCAGCAGCAGCCGCCUAUCGAGAUGUCGGGCGGCGCGGGCGCGCAGCAGUCGGUCGGUAACCUAAUGAGCUCGCAGCUCGCGCGCCAGCUGGUGGCGCCGCUGCCGCCCAGCGCGCGGCCCUACUACGGCGGCGGUAAGAACGCGAGCGCGAGCAGUGCGGGCGCAGCGAACUCGGGCGCGGGCGCGGGUGCGGGCGCGGGCGGGGGCGCGGCGGCGGCGGGCGGCGUGGCGGCGGGCGCGCCGCGCCGCCACCCCGAUUUCGCGAAGGGCGAGCCGUUCGCGGCGGGCGGCGCGCGCUUCCCGGCCGCGUGGGCCGGCGGCUUUGCGCGCUCGCCCGCCCCGCAGCCCGCCUGGCGCCCGCCGCUGCCCGCCGCGCAGCCGCCCGCCUGGCCGCACCAGCCCUACCAGCCGCAGACGCCGGGCGGGCCGGCGUGGGGCGCGCCGCGGCCGCCGCUCGAGCUGCCGCCCGCCGCGCCGUCGCCUGGUGCGGUACCAGGCGUAGGAGCAGGACAAAUCAAGCGAGAGUUGACGUUCCCUCCAGAUUGUGUGGAAGCGACAGUACCCACUGCCGAAAAAAGGCGGCGGCUCACGAAGGCUGACGUCGCACCAGUUGAUGCGUGGCGAAUAAUGAUGGCCUUAAAAUCCGGUCUCCUGGCGGAGACAUGUUGGGCGCUGGACAUCUUAAACAUAUUGCUUUUCGACGACAACUGUAUAAGCUAUUUUGGACUGCAACAUAUGCCCGGACUUCUCGACUUGUUGCUCGAGCAUUUCCAUAAAAGUUUGAGUGACGUAUUCGACGCCCCAAUGCCGGAAAAUGAACCGUGGUACGCCACUCCCGCCGAGGCCGAACCGCCCGCCAAAGUGCGCCGAAGAGCCGAGCCGCCCGAUCCCGCCGACAACGUACGCAUACUCUCCGGCGAAAACUACACGUGCCAGUCGCGGCGGCGCCAUCCCGUCGUGUACAAGGGCGACGACGAACUGUUUGCGCCCGAAGACUGCGAAUCGGACGGCGAGCAUGUGGAGGACGUGUUAGAACCUUGGCAGUUCGGCGGCUACUCGGCGGGCGCCGCCCACGUGGUGCCGUGUUUCCGCGCAGAGUUCCUGCCGCUGCCGUUCGUGCGCGUGCUUCCGUCGCAGCGCGCCUCAGAACCCGUCGCGCAGCCAGAGCCCGUCACGAAGUCCGAACCUGCGCCCGCGCCGACGCCUACUCCCACACCGGAACCGCCCGACGCGCCCGACGCCCACACACCGCCGCCGUCCGACCGCGACAACCUCGAAGCGGAGCCCAUGGAACUGGAACCCGAGCGGCGGCCCACCCUUCUCGUCCGCGACCCUGCGGGCGUGCUGAAGCGGCGGCGCCUCGAGGACUACGAGGACGAGUGCUAUACGCGGGACGAGCCCAGCUUAAACCUCGUGAACGAGACGCGUGACGCGCUGGCGAAACGGUGUAUCGCGCUGUCGAAUAUUCUGCGCGGGCUGACGUUCGUGCCCGGUAACGAGGCGGAGUUCUCGCGGUCGAGCGCGUUUCUGGCGGGGGCGGGCAAGCUGCUGCUGCUGCACCACGAGCACGCGCCGCGGGCGGCGCGCGCGCGCGCUUACGAACGGGCGGCGCGCGACGACGCGGACGUGGACGCGUGCUGUUCCAGCCUACGCGGCGAGCACGAGUGGUGGUGGGACACGCUGGCGCAGCUGCGCGAGGACGCGCUUGUGUGUUGCGCCAACAUCGCGGGCGGCGUCGAGCUGGCCGGUCAACCCGAGGCGGUGGCGCGGCCGCUGCUGGAUGGGCUGCUGCACUGGAGCGUGUGCCCGGCGGCCGUGGCAGGCGACGCGCCGCCGGCGGCCGCGGCUGGCUCACCGCUGUCGCCACGCCGGCUGGCGCUCGAGGCGCUGUGUAAGCUAUGCGUGACGGACGCGAACGUGGACCUGGUGCUGGCGACGCCGCCGCGAGGGCGCGUGGCGCAGCUGUGCGCGGGGCUGGCGCGCGACCUGUGCCGGCCCGAGCGGCCCGUGCUGCGCGAGUUCGCCGUCAACAUUCUACACUACCUGGCGGGUGCGGGCGGCGCGGCUGCGCGCGAGGUGGCGCUGCACGCGCCCGCCGUGGCGCAGCUGGUAGCGUUCAUCGAGCGCGCCGAGCACGCGGCGCUAGGCGUGGCCAACCAGCACGGCGUGGCGGCGCUGCGAGAUAACCCCGACGCCAUGGGCACGUCGCUGGAUAUGCUGCGGCGCGCCGCCGCCACGCUGCUGCGCCUGGCCGAGCACCCGGAGAACCGGCCGCUUAUCCGCCGCCACGAGCGCCGCCUGCUCUCGCUCGUUAUGAGCCAGAUCCUCGACCAGAAGGUGGCGCACGAGCUUGCCGACGUGCUCUACCACUGCAGCCAGCGGACCGAACUCGACGCGACCGCGCAACACGAACACUAG